CAUUUUAGUAUUAUUAUUAUUAUUAUUGUUAUUAUUAUUAUUAUUAUUAUUAUUAUUAUUAUUAUUAUUAUUUCUUUAUUCUUUUUGUUUUAUCGAGUUUGGCGUUUUGGAAAAAAGUGGAUAUAACGCGCGGAAUGUGUUUGUGUAUGUGUGUAAAACUGAGAUAGAAGGAGAGAGAGAGAGAGAGAGAGAGAGAGAGAGAGAGAGAGAAAGUGGAUUGGUGUAUGGAAAGAAACGUGAAUUAGAAAAAGACAGAAGUUCUCGCAGAGCAAAUGCGACAUACAGCUACGGAGGAUAUGAUGAAGGAGACAUUGGUGAAACAGGACAUAAAGAUAGAGUGGGAAGGGCAUCAUUCAGGCGAGAAUUCCCCUCAGUUACACGUCACGGAAGAACCCUCUGAUAGUCCGCAAAGUGUUAUCACUUCGAAGAGACACGUCAGAACGAUCACUACGGCCGGACAUAUCACGGAAAGUAUAACCGAGAUCGAGGCUGAAUCCUCGGACUCGAAUGCUGUCUCGAGUAAUCUUCAACAAGCCAUGCACCAACAUCAGCAUCAACACUCGGAUCAAGAUCAGAAUGUAUAUCAAGAAGAACAACAACAACAACAACAGCAAACUCAACAACAGGGCCAACAACAAUACGUGCAGAUUUCUCAUGCUAAUAGUACAGAGGAACAGCAGAGAGAUGAAAAUGAUCAGCAACAUGUUGUCUAUACGACUAGAAACGGUCAGAAUGGUGGCGUUGAAGUCUCUGAUGGUGUUGAUUCAACGAUCACUCUUACCGUCAAAGAAUCACCUAGAUACGAGACAACCGGAGCAACAACUGAGAGGAACGAAGUGGGCCGUAUCUAUGCGUACACUAGCGACGAUCAGGAAUUAAGGAGGGAGAAUCAUAUGAUCACGAUGCAAGUUCAAGACAAUGCUCGUCGUGGUCAACAAACAACGACGCAUCACAGGUUCAGUCCUCAUGAGAGCAAUCAUAGUACCAGCAACACAGCCAAUAGUACACCCAGGUAUCAAACCUCACCAGUUCUUCCUAACACGGAGGAUUACGAAGCGUCAGGGAUCGUUAGCCAAUCUGGAGGCAAUGUACAACUGAGUUCACCCGCACCCAAUUAUUCUCCGCCAAUCGAUGGAAUACGAACGAAUCAACAUCAACAGCAAUUGGUCGCCGCUGGUUAUUCCGACGCAGCUGUCGCUGCGACGAUCAAAUACGAUACCGAAGUAGCCGUUGCCACGGAAAAUAUCAAAGUUUCGAGUACCUACACAACCCUCGAGACUGUCGCCAUACCACCCUCGCAGACGGUUCAAUAUACUCAAUAUAUAUCGGGUAGUGAAACUUUUCAACAAGCGCCAACGUAUACAUAUCCAAAGCCUGAACUUUUUAUCACUUAUCCACCUGCUAGUCAGCCUGGAUCCCGAGGUGCCGAAGUCGAGUCUCCCAACAGUGCCUACAUCAAAGGUGAUCCAACGUUAGCUUCGUCUUUAGGUACGACACGUGCAGUCUCUCUUCAUUACGAACAACCAGGCUCACCGGGAUCUCAAGUGACUCUUUAUGGACCCAGUACAGCUACUUCUUAUCAAUACAUUAAACCAAGCAAUGAUCCUUAUUGGCCUGCUAGUGGUACACCAUCACCUCCAACGUCUCUCGAAUACGUUCAAACUUAUCCCAGCGUGACAACGAUAGUUAGCGACGCUGCAAAUAUGCAACUCUAUUCGGGCGGUGGUUAUAGUGUCGCGACAGCUGCUGGAAAUGGUUUAUCUGGUCCUUGGCAAACUCUUCCUAGCGCUGAAGAAACCUUCGACGGUACCGUGAUAGCAAGCGAACCAAAGGACUGCUUAAACUGUGCCGCUACCAUGACACCUCUGUGGAGACGCGAUGGUACUGGACAUUAUCUUUGCAGCAUGUGUGGUAUUAUCAGCAAGAUGAAUGGCACCAGCAGACCACCGAUAAGAUGCAGCAAACCAAAACAGUCGGUCGCGCCGGUAAACAUUGUGCGAAUCUUCAUCAUAGUUACACUUUUGUUGUUGUCACCUAUGCGUGCUGGUGUACGAAGGACAGGAGUGCAAUGUGCGAACUGUAGAACGAGUAACACGACUUUAUGGCGACGAAACAAUAACGGCGAACCAGUUUGUAAUGCCUGUGGUCUUUACUUCAAACUGCACAACGUUAACAGGCCAUUGAGCAUGAAAAAGGAAGGAAUACAAACGCGAAAGAGGAAGCCAAAGAAUAAUUCAGGUGUAAGCGGGAAUCUUCCUGGACCGAGCGGUAUCUCCAAGACCGAGAUUAAGUCCAGCUUACUCGUGGACUCGUUGCAGUUGAACAUGUUUGCAAGCGGGGGUGGGGGUGAUGGGGUAGAAGAGCAUUGUCUUCCUGUAGGUACACCAACAACGGCACAAUUAGGGCACGCACAUUCGCCCCUCACAUUACCUACUGUCGCCGUAUUGAAUCGUCAAACUACCCUUACCGUGCCUCCACUAGAACCAAUCACUAGUCAACCCAGCGGUGACCUGGUCUCGGUUAUAACUUCAACGACGACAGUACAUGCUGAGAGAUCGUAGAAUUGUUCCUUUCUUUCUCACUCUUUUCUAUAAGAUUAAUAAGAGAAGAAAACAAAACAUAUGUAUGUAUAUAGGGUACGUACGAGAUGGUCUUGUCGGAACUUCUUCGUUGGCGCCUUUCUGACAAUGAUAAAGAUAGGCUCGAAAAUGAGAAAGAAAGAACUUUCUUGUUUAGAGAAAUGGAUUCUCGUAAAAGGAAAAUGAAAAAACGAAACAAAACAAAAAACAAAAAAAAAAACAAAAAAAAGAAAAAGAAAAGAAUAUGCAAAAAGAAUAAUGAAGGAAUAUUUUAUAGGGAAAACGGAGAAUUGCCCGUGCUCCGUUUAAUUUCAAUGUUAGUACUAUGAAUAGAGAUAUUGACAUUGAUACCAAAUUUAAUCCAACAGCGAUAUUGGAAUAUAUAAAAAUAUAUAAAUCUAGCAAAGUAAAUAAAAGUAAUUUAUGAUGUUUCUAAUUAUUAACAUCAAAUUUAUUUCUAUCGAUGAUACGAGUUAAGAAUGUGGUUAAACAAUAUUUAUAAGUAUCGACAUUUCUUCAUUCGAUGAUCAGCAUAAAAUGUUAAGCGCACAGUAUGUAUGUAAGUUUUUGGCUAUGUGUGUACGUAUGUAUGUACAAUUCUCUAAAAAUUCUUAUAUUCUCGUGAUUGUCUAUAACGUGAUUUUGUCCCAAGAGAUAUGCAACUUUCAAAGAGCAUGUCUUUAUCGUUUUCUAUUUUUUUCCUUUUAUCUUCUUCUUUUCUUUUCAUUUUCUUUUUUUUCUUUUUUUUUUUUUUUAACAUCUAACUUAUUGAUACGUUGUACAAUGCGUUUCCUUUUGGGCUUUACUUUUUCUUUAAAAAUAUCAUAUAUCAUUAGGAAGUUCUAGAUUGAGAAAAAUGAGAAAUAAGAAAGAAAGAAAAAAAAGAAAAAAGAAAAGAAAAGAAAAGAAAUUAUAUAGAAACGAAAGUUCGGAUUUUACGAUAAAUUUUCAAUUUAUUUUAUCACGAAUCGACGUUAUUAACUCGUGUAUUUUUAUAAGUGGGCCUCUAUUGUAAAUAGAAUUCUACAUUACGGCGUCCAAAGAUACGCAAGGCAUCCUUUAAAUUUUAUCCAAAGAGUAAUAUAUAAUAUAUUCGUGUACUACUAAUGUGUAAGAACGUGACCGUAAACAGGUACAAGAAAUUACGAAUAAAUUUAUUUCAAAUAUCGACUAAA